CAGACACUUCACCACAGAUGGAGGAAGUCAAAACUCUUGCCGACAGCUGGGUGUGUUUUUCUCCAUGAGACGAAGACAGACCAUGAGAACCUCCUCUGCGUGCAUCAUUGUUCACCUUCAGCUGCCUGUUCAUCUUCUCUGAGACUGUAUAAAUUCAGAAGAUGGAUAAAGAAAAACUCAUGUUGUUGUUGCUUCUGACUGUCAUAACAGGGAGCUACACGUGCAACGCCUCAAACUCUGAAGGAAGCAGGACCCGUGAGCGGAGAGAACUGGUUCAAUACCGACCCAGGAACACAAGAGUUCAAGUCCCCUCUGGUCUAAACGGGAGAGUCAGCGCUGGAAAAGAGCUCAGAUUAACGUGUGUCACUGAGGCCUCUCCUGCAGCUCAUAGCUUCUCCUGGCUCCAUGGCUCCUCCAGACACACUCCACUCUCCCAGUACCAGUCCAAAUACCAGGGCAGCACCAUGACCAUUGAGACAGUGCAGAGAUCUGAUGAAGGUUGUUACGUGUGCAGCGCCACCAACAGCAUCGGCACAGAUCAUAGUGCACCACAGUGCUUCCAAGUACAGUAUGCUCCAUCAAACCUCAAACUGUCCAUGUACACUGAGGUCACAGAAGGUCAGACCUUCAUCAUCAACUGCACUGUGGACAGUUUUCCACCCUCAACUCUCACCUUGAUCAGAGAGACCGGGUCCAGUUUACUGAAUGUCCACAACAAUGUCCUCGUCUACACCAAUAAAGCUGCUGUGCACCACGCAGGGAGCUACAAGUGCAUCGCCUCAAACUCUGAAGGAAUCAGGACAAGUGAGCGGGGACAAUUAGUGGUUCAAUACAGCCCCAAGAAUGUGGCAGUUAUCAUUGAUCCUCAUGAGACUGUGAAGGAAAACACAUCAGUGACUUUCCGAUGCAGCGCUCAGUCUCACCCUCCAGUGACCUCGGUGACCUGGACAAAGAUGGCCGACGGACAAGAGGAAGUGUUGAUGCGAGGUCAGAGUUUCACUCUGCGGUCAGUCGCACCCAGUGACAGUGGACGGUACCGCUGCAACGUGAGGAAUGAGGUUGGAUCUGGAGAAUCGCCGCCCGUCCAUGUUAUGAUCCAGUAUGCUCCAAAAGAAACGAAGGUCCUGAAGGCUGAAGAGCUGCAGUUGCCAGACAAGAGGAGCUCAGUGAUGCUGACAUGCAGCUCCAGCAGCUACCCACCAAUCCACCGAUACUCCUGGUACAGGAAGUCGACGGAUGACAGAGGAGAUGAUGAAGUGUCGGAUCAGCAGAACCACAGUGUGACCUCUGACAAGCCUGGGAUCUACUACUGCUCUGCCCUGAAUCAGUUAGGUGAAAGAAGAUCUGAUCCAGUGGAGUUGUUUGUAGAAGGGUUUGCUGGGAUCUUGAAUGGCUCUAGAUGUGAGCGGGACUCAGCAGCUCUCACUUGUGUCUGUGGCAGUCAGGGCCACCCCUUACCCUCCAUCUCCUGGCUGCUGCUGACCGACCACAGUGACUCUCACAUCCAGACCAACGUAUCAGGAGAUGAAAUCUGGAGCAGCUUCUGUGUGAAAGAUGGCCACAGUGUGAAGACCGUUGUGUGUGUUGUCACUCAUGAGAACGGAGAAACAAAACAGGAACUUCUUGUUCUGAAUCAUGAGAGUUCUUUGACAAAGUUUUUGAAACUGGAAUUCCUGAUAGCAUUUUUGACCAGGAUUGUUUUGUCUGCAGUCGUUUUCUUCCUGUUUCACCAAUACUUCAGUAAAAAGGAGUUUGGAAGAACAGAAGAAACGGCUGAGAUGGAGAACAUGGCAGAUGAUCCACAGACAGAUGACGAUUAUCAGCAGGUGGACAUCGAACUGGAAGAAUGAAGCCCAGCACCUGAACAUGGAGAGGGAGAGAAGCAGAUGAGAACCUGGACAACAGAGCGCUGGACUCAAAUAUUUAACCCUCAGACAGAAGUGCAGAAGUGCUGUGCUUAUCUAAAUAGCUACAAGACUAGAGUCAUGUUUGCAAAGUGCAUCAGGCUGAUGGUCAUAAUGUUAAAGUUGGAUGUGUUUAAGUGGUGAAUCAGUGGCUUGUUUGGUUUUUGCCUAAAGUAUGAAUCUGUAGAAAAUGU